GCAGCGGCCCGGUGACCCGAGCGGGAACCUGGGGCUGGGCAGGACCUGCCCGUCCGGCUCCGCUCAUUGUCGAGGCCUCGCCUGUGGGAGCUCGAGCUGGGGAGCUGACACACCCCCUCCUGCCCGGCAGCCCCGCGCCCCCUCCGCGGCUCUGCACUGACGCCUUCGUCUUGCGGACACGUCUCGUUCGGCAGAGGCCGGGCUUGGCGACCUUAGGGUCCACGUUCCCCCUUGCAGGAGCCUGGUCUAGGUUUGCUUAAUCAGUCCCCUCGUUCCUGCCGACACUGCCGGGUUUGCCCCCCACUUUUCCCAGACCUCCAGGAACAUUAACGGGGGGCUCUCGGAGGCUUCCUUCCGGUUGGAGCUAGACGAGUUCAGCCUGGUUGGAUCAUGGCUGCAGCCCUGGACCCUCGGGUCGACGUCCCCCUGGAAGUUGAGGAGUGCCUCCUCAUGAAGGUGGAGAAGGACUCCCAGUGGGCGUCGGAGCCCGUGCACGGAGGACCCGACAGCACUGAGUGUGAGUCCUUCCGCAGGUGCUUCAGACAGUUCUGUUACGAGGACGUGACGGGGCCCCACGAAGCUUUCAGUAAACUCUGGGAGCUUUGCUGCCGGUGGCUGAAGCCAGAGACGCGUUCCAAGGAGCAGAUCCUUGAGCUGUUGGUGAUUGAACAGUUUCUCACCAUUUUGCCAGAGAAGAUACAGGUUUGGGCACAGAAGCAGUGUCCGGAAAGUGGAGAGGAAGCGGUGGCUCUGGUUGUCCAUUUGGAGAAAGAGACCAGGAGACUGAGACAGCAGAUCAGCAGUCCUGUACACUCAGAGAAACAAACUCCACCUGGAACUGCAUGGGAAGUUGCUGACUUUGAACCAGAGCACAUGGAGACCCAAUGCAGGGUCAUUUCUCAGAAAGAAGUCAGAAGCCUCCACUCAGGACACCAGGAACAGCUGACCCAAAAAAGAGAACAUCGGCCCUUCCCCAAGAAUGCUAGCUCUUCUCUCUGGGUUCCAGUCCCUGCUGAUGAGUGGAACAUCACAGAUCAGGAGGUGACAGCCGCACAUCUUCCUGAUGGCUCCCAGGAACCAGUGAAAGAUGUCCACAGAAUGAGAAGGUUUUCCUAUAGAAAGACUGUGCAUCAGAUUCCUACUCAAGGAGACCCCUACCAAGAAAUAAGGAAGGAGAGUGCUGGGAACAUGGUCUCCCUGGGAGACACGGUAUCCACAUCUAACAAGACAGCCCAGUUGGAGCCAAGAAAGGAGCCAUGGACUGUAGGUCUCUGUUCUUCCAAUAAGAGAAAUAUCCUCCGAAACAGCUAUGUCACAGAGAAGUCAGUGCCUGCUAUUCAGAUCCCUGCAAGACAUGCAGGGAAAGCAUGGCGAGAGCAACAGUGGGGCUUAGAAGAUGAAAAAAUAGCAGGUGUGCACUGGAGCUAUGAGGAAACUAAAACGUUUCUUGCAAUUCUCAAGGAGUCUCGCUUUUAUGAAACACUUCAGGCUUGUCCCCGAAAUAGCCAGGUAUAUGGUGCUGUGGCUGAAUGGUUGCGAGAAUGUGGCUUCCUCCGAACCCCUGAGCAAUGCCGGACCAAGUUCAAAAGUCUCCAGAAAAGUUACCGAAAAGUGAGAAAUGGACAUGCAUUAGAACCCUGUGCCUUCUUUGAGGACAUGGAUGCCUUGUUGAACCCUGCAGCCCAUGCUUCAUCCACUGAUAAGCCAAAGGCCAUGAUCUCUCUCCCCAGACUAAAGAGAAUUUGUAUCAGUGCUAAGGAACAGGUCACUUUGGUGGAGGAGGGAGAAGAUGCCGAAGAAUCUGAUGGUGAUGAAAUGGGCAUUGAGUUUAUCCCCAAGUCUGAUAUCCGUGGUGCCCCUGUCUUGUUUCAGAACCUGAGUGGUGUACACUGGGGCUAUGAAGAAACCAAGACAUUUCUUGAUAUCCUUCGUGAGACUCGGUUUUAUGAAGCACUUCAAGCCUGUCAUCGAAAGAGCAAGUUGUAUGGGGCUGUGGCUGAACAGCUUAGAAAGUGCGGCUUCCUCCGGACACCAGAACAGUGCCGAACCAAGUUCAAAAGCCUUCAGAAGAGUUACCGCAAAGUAAAGAAUGGUCAUGUGCUGGAGUCCUGUGCUUUCUAUAAGGAGAUGGAUGCCUUAGUUAACUCUCGGCCAUCUGUCCCUACCAAUGCCCCAAAAGAAAUCCCAUCACCUUCAAGGCAAGAAAGAGGGCAUAUUGAGAUUGAGCCACAGAAAACUAUAAUCUGGGAACUUGAUGAGUCUUCACGGGAGGCAGUAAUAGAGGAUUCUGGCAGUGAGAGAAUAAGUGACGAGGAAACUAUAGAUGAGCCACAAUUCCAGGGACCAACAGCUCUACUUCAAAGCCAAACUGAUUUUGAAAUUGAAAGUAAUAUCAAGGAGAACCCAAUGCAGGUAAUAUAUAAGGACAGAGAACCCCACAGGGCAGUAAUAGAAAAGUCAACAAGAUCUGUUUCCUUGAAUACUGACUCUCGUAAAUACUGCAAAAGGGAAUGUAUCUCAGGAAGGCGUUGGGAAAACCUUCAAGGAACUAGACAAGGAAAGCUUGUGCCUCAGUCUAAAGAUCUGGGGAAAGCUGUGGUGCAUCAGAGGCCUUUCCUGGGAAAGAGACCAUAUGGACUGCUCAAGUACAGAGAAGGCAUCGGAAGGGAUGCCCAUCUUAUGUACCGGGUAACCCACCAGAAAGAGAACCCAUGUAAGUGUAGCAUCUGUGGGAAGUGCUUUGGUAGGAGCAGAAGCCUAAUCAGACACCAAAGAAUCCACACUGGAGAAAAGCCUUUCAAAUGUCUUGACUGUGGGAAAAGCUUUAAUGACUCCUCAAAUUUUGGAGCUCACCAGAGAGUCCACACUGGAGAGAAGCCGUACAGAUGUGGGGAGUGUGGGAAAUGCUUCAGUCAGAGCUCCAGUCUCAUUAUCCACCAGAGAACCCACACUGGUGAGAAGCCCUAUCAGUGUGGAGAGUGUGGGAAAAGCUUCACUAACAGUUCUCACUACAGUGCCCACCGCAGAGUCCACACUGGAGAAAACCUCUACAAGUGUGGGGACUGUGAAAAGAGCUUCAAUAACUGUACAAGAUUUCGAGAACACCAGCGAAUCCACACUGGAGAAAAACCCUACACAUGUGCCCAGUGUGGCAAACGUUUCAGUAAGAGCUCUGUCCUCACAAAACACCGAGAAGUUCAUGUGAGAGAAAGGCGACUGUCACACCCUUUCAUGUACCCCCCAGAGAACCUGCUAAAAGAGAAGAGUGAUGAGUUCAGGAGAGCUCUUUGACAACAAGUUAUUCUCUUACCACAGGCCCCUCUAGUCAUCUUACUCUAGUCUCACUCUGGGAAGCAGUCUUUGUAAAGUUCCCAACACCAGCUCGGGAACAUAAAUAAGCUAGACUUUCACCCUGUUCUUGCCUCUGCCUCUAACAUGAUCUCUCUAUCCCUCUCCUAUGUGUCUUGACUUUUAAUACAGUAGAAAUGUUAGAUUUUUUUCAGUUCAGAAUAAAAAUCUCUCCUGCUUUUGGAUUGCUGAGUUCAACAUUCAAAAUUCUUCCAUGUGGAUUGUGUUAGUGUUCUUUUCAAGGAGAUACCCUCCUACAUGAGAUCCUGGAAGCAACUUAAUAAUGGAUUUUCACAACUGGGCAGAAUUUUCAGGAGUGUGGUCAGAACUAUGUCAAAUCCGUCAAGAUAUUCUCAAAAGGAGAAUGAAGAUUUUAUAACUUCUUUAAGAAGUCUCAGAAGUUUAUCCAAACUGCUAGGGCAGAACCCCGUGUGUUGUCUCUGAAGUCACUGUGCUGAUGCCUGGUCCUCCACUGAGAAAAGCUGUUCACCAUCACCCUCCUGUACCCAAAGACUUCACUCCCAGUGGCUGCUGUGUCUCCAAUUGCAAAUAAUUCCAUCUCCUACUUUUCCUCACAAGUCCUGUGCUUACCUCUUCAUUGUUUUGGGUGCUCUUUGCUGAUGCUGACACCUCUGAACUCUCUUAUCCCACUCAGGUGGGAAGUAUGCAUGCUCCUGCUGUCUUAUUAAAAUAAGAUUUCAGAUGAAGUUUACUUCUACUCCA